AAGUGGUUCGAAGAGAAAGCAGUGAGUCACUUGGUACUCAGCAUCAUCUGCAAAGACGUGAAGCACCUGAAGGUCGGGCAUUUAUAGUCUGCCGGUAGACGUGCACGAGAGCUCUCCGCGUUGACCGCACUCGGCUUCUCCUCUCACCGUCCGCGAGACAACAAUCAUAAAAGCGUCUCCAAUUGUGGUUCAGGCAAGACGCCAGGAUGAGAAAAGCAGACCAAAAGUUGGACACUGGAUACUGUCUCUGUAAACAAGAAGAGCCUAGAUGUUGGUUACUGCUCAUCUAUCAUCUUACCUGAAAACUGUAUGCCUCCAGGGACAAUAAAAGAAGAGCUCAUUGUCUUUUUGUUCCGAAACUGCAAAUGUUAAUUUGGAGAAAAUGCAAACAGUUUCUCGGGUGUGUACAUGUGUAUGACAUCUAAAAUGCAUUUCAAAAAGUGUCUUUGUAUGAGGUGCAUAAUAACAAUAUUCAAGAUGGAUAACCUUAUUUCAGCAUAGUAGGUUUUGUUUGCAUAUAUUAUAUAUAUAUAUAUAUAGAUAUAUAUAUCUAUAUAUAUAGUGAUUCUGCAUGCAUCCUGUAGUUUUAUUUUUCUUGAUGCAUUGUCAACGUAAUGGCUCAUUUGCUACUGACAUCAUCAUUCAAAUUAUGUUGUGACAAGGCUGACUUAAUGUGAUCAUUACUCUAAUAGCUUUUAUGAGAAUGCCCUGAUGUCCCUUUUCUCCUGUAGUGAAUUUACAAAGCUGGAGUGUGUGUUUCUGUCUGUUUUUGCUGCACAGGACAGUGUCAAGCAUCAGCUAAGUAUUUGAACAGAUGGUUCCUGUGCUGGACAAUAUGACCCCUGCUCCUCCAACACAGAACUGCUCCAACUGCAGCCAGACUUCAGUGCCAGAGCUCAACGUGGUCAAAGCUGUGGUUUUGGGCCCUGUGCUUGGUGUCCUUAUUGUCUUUGGAGUUGUUGGAAACAUCCUGGUAAUCCUCUCAGUAGUUUGUCAUCGACACUUGAGGACAGUUACACACUAUUUCAUAGUUAAUUUGGCAGUGGCAGACUUGCUGAUAAGCUCCACUGUACUACCUUUUUCUGCCAUUUUGGAGAUUGUGGAUCGUUGGAUGUUUGGACGGAUUUUUUGUAAUGUUUGGGCAGCUGUGGACGUGUGCUGCUGUACUGCCUCCAUCAUGAGCCUCUGCGUGAUCUCUGUUGACCGCUACAUUGGAGUCAGUUACCCUCUGCGAUACCCAACUAUAAUGACAAAACGCAGGGCACUGCUGGCGGUGAUGCUGCUCUGGGUUCUGUCAAUCAUCAUAUCUAUCGGACCUUUGUUUGGUUGGAAGGAGCCGGCGCCUGAGGAUGAGUCAAUCUGCAAGAUCACAGAGGAGCCGGGCUACGCCAUCUUCUCCGCUGUGGGCUCUUUCUACCUCCCUCUGGCCAUCAUACUGGUCAUGUACUGUCGGGUUUACGUGGUUGCUCACAGAGAGAGCCAGGGCCUGAGGGAAGGCCAAAAGACAGAGAAAUCAGAUACAGAGCAUGUAAUACUCAGAAUACACAGAGGAAACACGACUGUAUCAGAGGACGAAGCACUUCGCAGCCGAACACAUUUUGCCCUGAGACUGCUCAAGUUCUCACGAGAGAAGAAGGCUGCCAAGACCUUGGGCAUUGUUGUUGGCUGUUUCGUGUUGUGCUGGCUGCCCUUUUUCCUGGUGCUUCCCAUUGGCUCCAUAUUUCCAGCAUAUAGACCUUCAGAGACGGUCUUCAAGAUCACCUUCUGGCUCGGUUACUUCAACAGCUGCAUCAACCCCAUCAUCUACCCGUGCUCCAACCAAGAGUUUAAGAAAGCUUUCCAGAGUUUACUGGGAGUUCACUGUCUGAGAAUAACUCCCAGAUCACACCAUCAUCAUCUGAGUGCAGGUCAGGGUCAAGCACAGGGUCCCAGCCAGACCCUCUCGCUGGGCCUGGACAGCAGGGGGGCUGCCUCUCGGCUCAGUCCCUCCUCCUCUUUGGCCCUGUCCAGGUCCCCGUCCUCCAGGGACAGCAGGGAGUGGAGGGUCUUCUCUGGAGGCCACGCAGGCGGGUCUGGACCAUCUGAGACAAGCAGGGACAAAAUGGCCAAACUCUGCAGUAAAAGCUUUAAUCGGAACUGCUGCUGCUGCAUCCUUGGUGAUGCAACUCCCCCGCAGGACUCAGACUAUGCCCAGCCCCCUAAUGUUCCCACCAUUAAAAUACACCAACUGUCACUGUCGGAAAAAGGAGAGCCCGUAUAACUACUGUAAUCCUUCAUCCAUUAGUCAUGACUCUCCUUUCAAGGUCAUGGAUGAGAAUGUAUGUCCUUUUUUCUCCGUUCAUUUCACAGAGGAUAAGCUGGAUUGGAACCGUGGCUGCUUAAAAAUUUUAAGUCUCUGCUUGAGUGUCAUCUGUGAUUUUUCCUAGAUUUAAAAUGAUCAAAACUCUGCGAAGAAAUUUCAUAGCCAAGAUAUUUUACUCCUUAAAAUAUGGCAUCUUAGGUUUUGUUUUAACAGAAGAUAUUGCAUUUUGACAGUUUGAAAAUAAUUACAGUCAAAUAAAGACCCUGUGAAACCUGGACGUAAAGACAAAAAUCUGUAGACCAAAAAAAAGACCAAAAUAUCUUUAAUGUUUACAUAUUUUAUAUAACUGAAAAGCAGGUUAAAUGUGUAAAACAAAAUGUAUACAGGAACGUUUUAUAUUGCAUGAUUUCACCAAAUGUUUUCAAAAUGCUGGUCAGUGGUGCUCCUGAUGUCUCCAAAGUUUGCCUAUAAUGCUGUUCCUGUUGUCAAAAUAUUGUAUGUGUACUGCUGUGUACACAUAAAAAAACAGGGGAUCUUGUGUACUUCUAUGUCACACUACAAUAAAUUUGUAUGACAUAUUCCUACAAGGGGAUUCAUGGGGACAUUUUUCGACCGUAGAUGUUGAUUCACUAAAUAGCCCCUGAAAACGUCUAUUUCAUCUCUCCGCACUCCCACAAUACCAUGUACUGUAUACCUCCAAGCUGUGCCAGAUGGGUGUCUUAAUAUACUUCUGUGGAAUUUUAGCUGACCUUGUGGUUGCUGACCUCAAUCCUGCCCGCCCCCAAAUCCACCAGAUUUAGAGAUGUCAGUAUAAGUCAUACGCAGAGAUUCUUCUCUCAAGCCUUUCGCUUUCUUCAGAUGUCUUUAACUGCCAUCCACACAGAACACACAGAGGCUUUUAUCUCUGCUUUUAUACGAUUGUCUGUGUGUACAGGCGCUCUUUGCAGGCGGGAAGGUGAAAACGGAGUGUGUUGAGUGUGAGUUCAAGCCUGCGAAGUGUCUCUCUUUGUUUACCAAGAAGAAUCAAAGGGCAAGAGGACAAACCUCAGCCAACUCUAUUGAUUUAUUUACCCCUUUCUACCCCUCCCGUAGUACCAAGAUGUACUCUCUCGGUGAGGUUGGAGAGAUGCAGCCGGACUUCUUAAGCCACUCUCUGCAUGUUAAGUUUAGUCGUGGAAGUGAAGUGGACAGCAAUCCCGCGGGGGAGGCACCCGGCGGCACAGUGAGAGUGCUUGUCUGUGUCCGCGUUGUCAUUGACUGGACUACAGUGAACUUGUAAAUCACACCGUCUCUGCACGGAUGCCAUUAGAGGAGCUGCAGCAAUAAAGUACAGAUGGUACAGAUGACCUAAUUCACCCCUCCCUUUCUAUUAUCUCCAUCUAUAGAACGUGAUUGGACAAUGAUCAAAACAAAAUCCAGUGAAUACCUUUGUGCCCUGUGUUAUUAAGAAAUCAUCCCCCGAAUGCAAUAGCUGUUAUGAAUACCAUA